CCGUACAAAAAGGAGGAGCAAGAGGAGGAAAAAGUAGAAAGAGGUGAGGUUCCACUCUCAGUCAAAAGGGGAGCUUGGUUCUUCUCGGAAUUUCUCUGGAAAUUCCCAUUAUACGGAAAUCCAAAUCCCAAGAAUCGGCUGUUGUCUUCUCCCUGCCUGGCCGCCUCAGAUGUGUUCCAGUUCGGGAGGAGUACAGCGCCGUUGUUUUCAAGAAAAGGGAGAGGAUGUGCCAUUGUUUGGGAGUGAGCCCAAUGCGACGUUCUCGAGCCUUAGCGAUGAGGCCAUGCCAACGCCCGACGAUUCCAUAGCAACCUGCCAUCCUCUGAGAAGUCUGGCGCAUCACGAGCCCACCUCCGCCUUGUGAGAGAUGCUUGGUGGGUGGCACACCUUCGUCUUGCCCUUGCUGAUGGCGGCACUCUCCGGCGGCUGCUUGUGCCCACCGGCCACCAUUUUGUCAGCGUUCCCCUCCCAGGUGCCUGUCGGGGUCUGCUGCCUCAACUACUCGGGUUCCACGUUGGGCCUUGUUCCCUGGUCUCAUCUGACCAACCACUCUGGCCUUCGUAUUCUGGAUCUCUCCAGAUGUAACAUCACCUCCCUGGAGGUACCAACCGUGGGGGUGUCCCUACUGCAGAAGGUCUACUUAGCGCAGAAUGGAAUUGCAGCUUUACCCAGUUACUUCCUAGCGGGACAGCCCCGCCUGGAGGUGCUGGACCUGAGCCAGAACGCUCUGGAGGAGCUCCCCAAGGGAUUCCUGCAGGACUCGGAUAACCUGUUACGGUUAGACCUGCAGGAGAACCGUCUACGCUCCCUGCCGGCAUCCGUGCUCCAGAGGCCCAUCCUUAGGACCCUGGAGCUAGACGGGAAUCCCUGGGAGUGUUCCUGCUCCUUCCUGGAAAUCCUGGUGGCCGAGGAGCUAGCGAGGAACCUGACAUGCGCUGCGCCCCGGACCCUAGCGGGCCGGGCGGCAGACUCGGCCAAGCUGAGUGACGCGUGCCGGCCGGCCAGCCACACCGUGCUCUUCCUCGCACUCCCGCUUUUCAUCCUCGCCCUCCUACUGGUGUGCUGGUGCUGCGGGAGGAGCAGAAAGGAGGUUCCUGCGUUCGGUCUCACUAAGAAACGGACCCCCAGCAAAAGAGGCACUGGGUCUAAUGUGGACCGCGAGCCACAGCAGAAGUCGGCGAAUAGCGUCGAAGAAGGAGUCCCGACUUUGAAGGUGCAGGGAAGCACCAACAAAGACAAUGAAGUCGCAUUGGGGUCCGUGGAGUCGCUCCCUUCAGGGUCCGAGGAAAGAAGGCCUGGCAAGUCCGAGCUGGAUGCCAUUAGUGUGACUGAAGUUUUGAAAGACUCAAACGAUCGGGAGAAAGCAUACAUGACUCAGUCCACGGAAUACUACAGCCUGGUUCCUGAAAUCCAUCUGGACAACUCAGACCACGAGGGUUAAGCUUUUAGGAUGCUUCGUUUGUUUGAUGUGUUAGGAUGUUUUCGUUGCACAUGGCAAACAAUGUGAAACCAACCUACUUUUUUCUAAAAAAAAUUCUUUUUUUUUUUUUUAAAUAUGUCA